AAAAAAAAAAAAAAAAAAAAAAAAUGCAUGUUGACAGAGAUAUUUACAAGUAACAUGAGACAAUACAGCAAUGGCCAAGGAUGAGAAUGUGUCGUGUUCAAGGAUCAAUGCAUGUCCAUGGGGCUCUAAGGCGUUCUUUCCGUCCUGGUUGGCGAUUCAUAUGAUCGACAAGAUACCUCCUUUUACUAUUAUUUUCUUGAUAUCGCCUUUAUUUCUCUUGCGAGCUUUCAUUGUACUUUUUCUUUUUCUUUAUCUUUUUUUUUUCUUUUCUUUCUUGUUUUCUUGAUUUUUGCUUUACUGCUUAGUUUUCUUUUGCUCAAUCGUUCAGCCUGUUUGCUUUCAUCUUGCUCUAAACUUACCUUAAUAUUUAUCUUGUCACAAUACAUUUACAUAUAUUCUCUCUUCCCAAUGUACCGCAUGACUGUAUGCCUUCUGUCCUAUGUCUUGUUCUGUAGUGUUCAUUUUUAUACUUGCAUUGUCGCAAUCUAUACAACUCUCGUUGCAAAUAUGCAAUAAAGCUAGAAUGUAUUCUCAUU